AUGGAGUCAGAAGCAAAGUUGGCCUCCUUCAGCGCUGAGGAGCCCCAAAAGCUGUCCAAACCUUCCUCUGCUGAUAUGCUCUUCUACUACGAGCGCGUUCUUCCGUUUCGCCAGAUUUUCCAGUGGUUGAACCACCUGCCCAAACCAACAAAGGACUUCACGAUGCGUGAGUUUGCGUAUGAGUAUCGUUCGGGUGCCUAUCAGAGAUACAACUCGUAUGGAUCUCCUGAAGAGUUCAAGAAGCUGGUGGUGACGGCGAACCCUACGAGAUUCGAGGUGGGCGCAGUGUACGCGGUGAAUCCGAAGGAGAGGAGGAACCUACUCAAGAGCGCCAUGAAACCGCUUUCCAAGGAGCUUGUUUUCGAUAUCGAUUUGACAGACUAUGACGAGAUCAGAACGUGUUGCUCGGGCACGGACAUCUGCAAGAAGUGCUGGAAGUUCAUUAAGAUUGCCUCUGAGGUGCUUUCACACGCUUUAAAAGAGGACUUUGGCUUUGAUCACUUCAUAUGGGUCUUCUCGGGAAGAAGAGGUGCCCAUUGCUGGGUCAGUGACGCACGAGCACGGUCUUUGGACGAGGCCACCAGAAAGUCCAUCGUGGAGUACUUGGACGUCUUGGGUGGCAGGUCUCAUAAGAUGGGCAAGACCUCAUUAUCGAUAAAGAAGCCCUUUCACCCGCAUAUCGAGCGUUCGUUUGACAUUCUUCGAGCUCACUUCCAUGACGUGGUUUUAGAUGAUCAGAACCCUUGGGCUACUUCAGGCUCCUCCGACGAAGACGCAUGGAAGAAAGUCGAUGAACUUUUGAGUUUCAUUCCAGAUGCUGCUCUUCGAGGUGCCUUGAAGAGUAAAUGGAAGGAGUCGACAAAGUACUCGAGCUCAAAGGCGAAGUGGGACGACAUUAAUGUUGUUGCACAGAAGGUGCUCAAACACCAGUCACAAGUGAGCCAGUUGAACGAGGCAAAGAAGGAAAUCAUUAUUUAUUACAUGUACCCAAGGUUGGAUAUUGAGGUGUCGAAACAACUCAUUCACUUGUUGAAGUCUCCCUUCUGUAUCCAUCCCGGCACUGGUAAUGUAUGUGUUCCGUUCGACCCUACAAAGAAUCUAAGCGGGAACAGUGACGACGAAGAGUACGGUUUCAACCCUAUGAAUGCCCCCAACCUAUCGCAAUUGCAAGAUGAAAUCGAUACAUGGGAAGCCAAACGGGUCAACAGGGACUCCAGCCAACCCUUACUGGACUCAGAAGACACGACCUCCCAAUCGCCUAGAGUUCCCGACUACGAUAAAACGAGUUUGGCGCCCUAUGUCAAUUAUUUCUCGGAUUUCGUUCGUGGUCUUCUUAAAGCGGAGUUGAGCAGCUCGAAGAGAGAAAGAGAACCGGAUCCGCUUGACUUUUAA